AUGAUCGUAGAAGAUAAUAAGAUCCAAGUGGAAGAGAACAUUUUUAAAAAUAAUUCAAGGAAAGUUACUCCCUUAGAGGCACGAUUCUCUUUGAAGAAUAAUAUUCUGUCCAGAAACCACGAAGUCAGUUAUUCUUAUCCUUUUACAGAUUUUACUCAAACUCAUUCCUACUUCGGUUUUUCAUCUGUUCAUGCGUAUGGACGGACGUAUCAUCGGCUCACCAGGAAUCUAAUGUCGAUAACAAUUAAUAAUGAAUCCAAUUUAAGGCGUAAUCGUCGGAAGUCGAAGAGAGUGAGGAGAUCGUCGAAUUUAUUUUUUCGUGGUAAAAAGAGAAGACCGGAUCGAAAUGUUUUAGUAAAUCAAAAUUUGAACUGUCGGCAUAAUCAAUGGAAUAAUACUCUUUUACUUGCUAAGUUACUCGACAUGUCGUAUACCACGCAAAACAGUAGUAAACCUGAUACUUCGCCAACUAUUUUGAGAUUUCCACGAUCAUUACUUUCGAAAUUAAUUACUGAACACAUAACUUACCCCAUUAAAAAGAGAAGAAAACGAAGCGUAGGAAGGAGAAUAAACAGAAAUGGAAACACCGCGACCGAAUCAGACGCAGGUAUGACUGCAUACGCAGACGCAAUUAUGAUUCUUGUCACAACACAAGAUCCAAAUAUUGAAUCACAGUUGACUUAUAAUACUGAAUACAUGCCGGAGAAGGACAAUUUCGAAACAACCUUGAGUUGGCUAGACGAGCAAGAUGGAAGCACAAUACAGCCCGAAUAUGUUACACAAGAGGAGGAAGAAAAGAUAUCAGAAAUUACUGCAGGAGUACCAUUUUAUACGACAGCUACAAUCCCUUUAAAAUAUAUAACCAAGGUGGAGGAAACAAAAACUCUAGCACCUACGACAGAAGAAAUAACUAUCGCCGCUACAACAACAAGUGAAACAACUGUUGAAAGAACAUUAGAGGAGACAACUACGGUAGAACCGACUAUAUCAACGGUAUCAGUUGUAAUGGAAGAAAUAACUACAUUCCGCUCAACAGCGAUAACAGAAAUGAUGAUACAUGAAACAACAUUGCAGGAGACAAGUACAUUGCAGACGACAACAACAACACUAUCAUCAACAACAGAAGUGACUACCUUUCCCAUAACUGCGACAACAGAAACAACGAUUCGGAAAACAACAUUAGAAGAAACAACUACGGUAGAACCAACUACAUCAACGGCAUCGUCAACAACGGAAGAAGUGACAACUUUUCCCGCGACAGUGACAACAGAAACGACGUUACGCGAAACAACACUAGAAAAAACAACCACGGCAAAGCCAACUACAACAACAAUAGUGCCUACAACAGAAGAACUGACUACCGUCCUCACAACAGAAACAACAGAGACGACGACUCGUGAGACAACAUUGGAAGCAACAACUACGGUACAACCGACUAUAACAACAACAGUGUCUAUAACGGAACAAGUGACUACCUCUCCUACAACAGAAACAACAGUGGUGACUUUUCGGGAAACAACAUUGGAAGAAACAACUACGGUAGAACUCACUACAACUACGGUAUCGUCUACAAAAGAAAAAGAAACAACAGAAACGACGUUACGGGAAACAACAUUCGAAGAAACAACUGCAGUACAGCCGACUACAACAACAACAGUGUCUACAACAGAAGAACUGACUAGCGUACUCACAACAGAAACUACAGAGAUGACGACUCGGGAGACAACAUUGGAAGAAACAACUACGGCACAGCCGACUACAACAACAAUAGUGUCUACAACAGGAGAACUGACUACCGUCCUGACAACAGAAACAACAGUGACGAUGACUCGGGAGACAACAUUGGAAGGAACAACUACAGUACAGCCGACUAUAACAAAAACAGUGCCUACAACGGAGGAAGUGACUACCUACCCUACAACAGAAACAACAGUGCCACCGUUUCGGGAAACAACAUUGGGAGAAACAACUACGAUAGAACCCACUACAGCAACGGUAUCGUCUAGGACCGAAGAAGUAACAACAGGAACAACGUUACGAGAAACAACUUUGGAAGAAACAACUACGGCACAACCGAUUAGAACAACAACAACAACAGUGUCUGCAACAGAAGGAAUGACUACCUCCGCUACAACAGAAACAACAGUGGCGACUUUUCGGGAAACAACAUUGGUAGAAAUAACUACUGUAGAACCCACUACAUCAACGGUAUCGUCUACAAAAGAAGAAGCAACAACAGAAACGACGUUACGGGAAACAACAUUGGAAGAAACAACUACGCUACAGCCGACUACAACAACAACAGUGUCUACAACAGAAGAACUGACUACCGUACUCACAACAGAAACUACAGAGAUGACGACUCGGGAGACAACAUUAGAAGAAACAACUACAGUAGAACCCACUACAACAACGGUAUCGUCUACAACAGAAGAAGUAACAACAGAGGCGACGAUUCGGGAGACAACAUUGGAAGAAACAACUACGGCACAGCUAACUACAACAACAACAGUGUCUACAACGGAACAAGUGACUACCUCCCCUACAACAGAAAUAACAGUGGCGACUUCUCGGGAAACAACAUUGGAAGAAACAACUACGGUAGAACUCACUACAACUACGGUAUCGUCUACAAAAGAAAAAGAAACAACAGAAACGACGUUACGGGAGACAACAUUUGAAGAAACAACUACGGCACAGCCAAUUAUAACAACACCAGUGUCUACAACGGAACAAGUGACUACCUCUCCUACAACAGAAACAACAGUGGCGACUUCUCGGGAAACAACAUUGGAAGAAACAACUACGGUAGAACUCACUACAACUACGGUAUCGUCUACAAAAGAAAAAGAAACAACAGAAACGACGUUACGGGAGACAACAUUUGAAGAAACAACUACGGCACAGCCAAUUAUAACAACACCAGUGUCUACAACGGAACAAGUGACUACCUCUCCUACAACAGAAACAACAGUGGCGACUUUUCGGGAAACAACAUUGGUAGAAAUAACUACUGUAGAACCCACUACAUCAACGGUAUCGUCUACAAAAGAAGAAGCAACAACAGAAACGACGUUACGGGAAACAACAUUGGAAGAAACAACUGCAGUACAGCCGACUACAACAACAACAGUGUCUACAACAGAAGAACUGACUAGCGUACUCACAACAGAAACUACAGAGAUGACGACUCGGGAGACAACAUUGGAAGAAACAACUACGGCACAGCCGACUACAACAACAAUAGUGUCUACAACAGGAGAACUGACUACCGUCCUGACAACAGAAACAACAGUGACGAUGACUCGGGAGACAACAUUGGAAGGAACAACUACAACAACAUUAGAAGAAACAACUACAGUAGAACCCACUACAACAACGGUAUCGUCUACAACAGAAGAAGUAACAACAGAGGCGACGAUUCGGGAGACAACAUUGGAAGAAACAACUACGGCACAGCUAACUACAACAACAACAGUGUCUACAACGGAACAAGUGACUACCUCCCCUACAACAGAAAUAACAGUGGCGACUUCUCGGGAAACAACAUUGGAAGAAACAACUACGGUAGAACUCACUACAACUACGGUAUCGUCUACAAAAGAAAAAGAAACAACAGAAACGACGUUACGGGAGACAACAUUUGAAGAAACAACUACGGCACAGCCAAUUAUAACAACACCAGUGUCUACAACGGAACAAGUGACUACCUCUCCUACAACAGAAACAACAGUGGCGACUUUUCGGGAAACAACAUUGGUAGAAAUAACUACUGUAGAACCCACUACAUCAACGGUAUCGUCUACAAAAGAAGAAGCAACAACAGAAACGACGUUACGGGAAACAACAUUGGAAGAAACAACUGCAGUACAGCCGACUACAACAACAACAGUGUCUACAACAGAAGAACUGACUAGCGUACUCACAACAGAAACUACAGAGAUGACGACUCGGGAGACAACAUUGGAAGAAACAACUACGGCACAGCCGACUACAACAACAAUAGUGUCUACAACAGGAGAACUGACUACCGUCCUGACAACAGAAACAACAGUGACGAUGACUCGGGAGACAACAUUGGAAGGAACAACUACAGCACAGCCAACUGUAACAACAACAGUGGAAGAAAUGACUACCUCCCCUACAACAGAAAGAACAGUGACGACUUUUCGGGAAUCAACAUUGGUAGAAACAACUACGGUAGAACCCACUACAACAACAACAGUGUCUACAACGGAAGCACUGACUACCUCCUACACAACAGAAACAACAGGGACGACGUUUCGGGUGACAACAUUAGAAGAAACAACUACGAUAGAACCAACUAUAACAACGGCGUCGCCUACAAUGGAAGAACUAACUAGCUUUCCAACAACUGCGGUAACAGAAACAACGUUACGGGUAACAAUAUCGGAUGAAACAACCACAGCAAAACCAUAUAAAACAACAACAGUGUCUACAACAGCAGAAGUGACUACCUUCCUUACAACAGUAGAAUCGACUAUAACAACAGCGGUGUCUGCAACGGAAGAAUUGACUACCUCCUCUACAAUAGAAACAACAAUGGCAACGGUUCUGGAAACAACACUGGAAGAAGCAACUACGGUAGAAUACACUAUAACGACGGUAACGUCUACAACGGAAGAAGUAACAACAGAAACGACGUUUCGGGAAACAAUAUUAGAAGAGACAACUACAGUAGAACUGACUGCAACAACGGGAUCGCUUUUAACGGAAGAAAGAACUGUCUUUCCCAAACCAGCGAAAACAGAGUCGACAAUUCGUGGAACAACUUUAUUAUGGACAACUGCGGUAGAACUGAUUACUACGACGGCAUUGCCCAUAACGGGUGAAGUAACUACCUUCGCAACCACAGAGACCACAGAAAUGACGAUUCCGGAAACAACAUUGCAAGAGACAGCUAUGGCUGAGCCGAUUACAACAACAACAGUGUCUACAACAGAAGAACUGAUUACCGUCCUCACAACAGAAAGAACAGAGAUGGCGACUCGAGAGACAACAUUGGAAGAAACAACUACGGUAGAACCCACUACAACAACGGUAUCGUCUACAACGAAAGAAGUAACAACAGAAACGACGUUACGGGAAACAACAUUAGAAAAAACAACUACGGCAAAGCCGACUACAACAACAACGGUAUCUACAACACAAGAACUGACUACCCACCACACAACAGAAACAACAGAGAUGACGUCUCGAGAGACAACAUUGGAGGAAACAACUACGGUAGAACCCACUACAACAACGGUAUCGUCUACAACGAAAGAAGUAACAACAGAAACGACGUUACGGGAAACAACAUUAGAAAAAACAACUACGGCAAAGCCGACUACAACAACAACGGUAUCUACAACACAAGAACUGACUACCCACCACACAACAGAAACAACAGAGAUGACGUCUCGAGAGACAACAUUGGAGGAAACAACUACGGUAGAACCCACUACAACAACGGUAUCGUCUACAACGGCAGAAGUAACAACAGAAACGACGUUACGGGAAACAGCAUUGGAAGAAAGCACUACGGCACAGCCGAGUACAACAACAACAACAGUGUCUACAACAGAAGAACUGACUACCGUCCACACAGCAGAAACUACAGAGAUGACGGAUCGAGAGACAACAUUGGAAGAAACAACUACGAUAGAACCCACUACAACAAUGGUAUCGUCUACAACGGAAGAAGUAACAACAGAAACGACGUUACGGGAAACAGCAUUGGAAGAAAGCACUACGGCACAGCCGAGCAGAACAACAACAACAGUGUCUACAAUAGAAGAAGCGACUACCUUCCUUACAACAGAAACAACCAAGGCGACGAUUCGGGAGACAACAUUAGUAGAAACAACUAUGGUAGAACUCACUAUAUCGACGGUAUCAGUUGUAAUGGAAGAAAUAACUCCAUUCCUCACAAUAGCGAUAACAGAACCAACGUUACGGGAAACAACGUUAGAAGAAUCAACUAUUACAAAGCCGACUACAACAACAACGGUGUCUACAACGGAAGAAUUGACUACCUCAUCUACAACAGUAACAACAAUGGCAACAACAUUGGAAGAAGCAACUACGGUAGAACACACUAUAACAACGGUAACGUCUACAACGGAGGAAGUAACAACAGAAACGACGUUCCGGGAAACGAUAUUAGAAGUGACAACUACAGUAGAACCGACUGCAAUUACGGCAUGGCCUACAACGGAAGAAAGAACUGUCUUUCCCACCACAGAGACCACAGAAACGACGAUUCGGGAAACAACAUUACAAGAAACAACUACGGUAGAACCGCGUACAAUUACGGCAUUGUCAACAACGGAAGAAUUGACUACCUUGGGGACAACAGCGACAACAGAAUCGAUAGUUCGGGGGACAACAUUAGAAGAAACAACUUCGAUAGAACCGACUACAGUAACGGCAUCGCCUUCGACGGACGAGAUGACUACGUUCCUCACAACGGCUUUAACGGAGACAACGUUUUGGGAAACAACAUUUGUGGAGACAAGUACAUUAAUGCUUAUUACAACAACGGCGUUGUCUACAACGGAAGAGGUAACUAGCUUCUUCACAACAGCGACAACAGAAACGGUGUUUCAUGGAACGACAUUAGAAGAAACAACUACAAUAGAGCCGACUAUAUUAACGGUAUCAGCUGUGACUGGAGAAAGAAUUACAGUAAGAAGUACUUUUGUUCCAGCUACGACCACUGUAACAGGCAUUCCAGAGACGUCGUUGGAAUUAAAAACUACAGUGGUAUCAACGACAGUAAUUCCAGUGGAUGCUUCAAAAAUAACAACUGAAACAUUGUCGGUAGAAAGAUCUACAUACAGUGCAUCAACCACUACAACAACUGAAAUGUCUACAAUUGAAGAAAUUACCAGAUCUCCUACACCAACAUUAGCAAGAACUGAGGUUUCAACGACAGAGGAAUCUUCUGCAUCCACAUUAACGACAUUGUUAGAAACAGAGGAAUCUUCAACAGAAGAAACAACCUCUUCUGUCGAAACCACGAUUACACCUACCGAAAUUCUCACAUCUGAAGAAACUUCUACGGAAACGGAAUCUACUUUUGGAACUGAAGUAUUUGAAGAUGUUGGAUACGAAGAGGAAUAUGAAGAAACGUACAAAGAGGAUGAGGAGGAAAAGGAGGAAGAGGAAGAAGGUGAAGAAUAUGAAGAAGAAACUACUGAAGAAUAUGAGAAGUGGUCAGAAUACAAAGAAGAGACUAGUACAUACAGGUCUACCGAAACAACGGAACCAGAGAUCUACGAGGAAGUAACUACGGAGACUGUCGAAGUAGUUCCACCUACCACAGCAAGUACAAUGGCUACGAUAGUUACGAAACCGAUAACUGUUGAAAUAACCACAAUUUCUACAUAUCCAUCAACAACUAUGCGGGAAACCACUGAAAGAAUUACCACACAGAGUGCUGCUUUUACUAUUACAACGCCGGCAUCAACAACUGAAUCAAUUACAGAACUAACUAUACCUACUACGGAAAUUCUAGUAAUGACGACUGAAACACUAUCUACAAUUAAACUGCCAGAACCAACUCCAAUCGGAAUAGUUACUACAGGAAGGGAGACUGUGCCUAUAAAAGUGACAGUAACGACCGCUCCUACGACGGAACGUGUGGCUGUAACUACAGAAAUUCUGAUAUCGACUUCUGCGAAGACAGAAUCAACUACAGAGACUACAAGUGAAGUUACAGAAUCAUUGACGAUUACUUCAACAACGGAGUCGACAACUUUGGUGGCUUUGACUGUAGGUACAGAAUCAUUGAUAACUACUGAAACAUCUGAAUCAACAAUGGGGCCCGUAACAGCAGUUACAGAGUCACUAACGAUUGCUGAAACCUCGGAGCCAACAAAAAUGACUUCGGCUGUAGUUACAGAAUUAUUAACAAGAACUGAAACGUCAGAAUCUACAACUACUGGAACAACAAUAGCACCUACAAAAACUGAAAGUACUGAGACUGUUAUUACAACUGAAAUCACAGGCGUUACUACAUUAAGUUCUAUUUAUACCACUGAAACAACAGAAACUAGAAUUAUAACCACACAAUUUGUACCAGUAACUGUAACAACAGAAACCACAGAAACUACAACCGAAUCUACGGAGACGGAGACUAGUACGUCUCCUACAUCUCCAGUUUUAGUUGCAAUUACGACAAGUCAUCUUCAUACUACAGGAACGCCGGAAGCUGUAACUACUACUGAAAGUACCGAAACAACCAUGGAAAUUUUAAGCACUACUGUUCAAGUACCGGAAUUCACAACAGAAUCGGUAACUGUAUCUGCACGAGAAUUAACGGUGAGUGUUACUACAGAAGCUACUUUAUCUACAGAGACAGAAGCUGCAAUUAUUUCUACUACUGGAAUUGUGACAGUAAUGAUAGGAACUCCGACUGCUAUUACUCUAGUACCGGAGUUUAUAACAGAAUCAUCAACGUUAAGUACAUCGACAGAAGUAUUUACGACGACUACUACUGCUAAAACUACUUUGUCUACAGAAACAGAAGCAGCAACUAUUUCUACUACUCAAAUAACGCCACUAACUACUGAAACUACUGCUCUUACUACUGAGAUAACAAUGCUUACAACAGAAUUGUCAACUAAAUUUAUAGAAGUAUUUACGGCGAGUGUUACUGCAGAAACUACUUUAUUAACAGAGUUAGAAACUUCUACUACUAGAAUUAUGACAAUAACUACGGGAACUCCCAUUGUUACUACCGCAGUACCAGAGUUUACAACGGAAUCGUCAACGAUAAGUACAUCGGUGACUACUAUUGCUGAAACUACUUUGCCAACAGAGACAGAGGAAGUAGCAAUUAUUUUUACUACUGGAAUUGUGACAGUAACUACGGAAACUGCUACAGCUACUACUACAGUACUAGAGAUUAGAACGGAGUCAACGUCAACUAUUUCUAUUACUGAAAUUGUAGUAGGAAUUGCAGACACUUCAACUUCUAGUACAACUGCUUCGACAGUUGUGACUGAAUCCUCAACUGAGACUAUAAAAGCAAUAACGGAAAUUAUAGAAACUGUCAAAGCAAUCGAGACUACAGAAAGUGCUGUAACUGUUCUUACUAGUGAAAGUAUGAUAGUAACAACAGAAACUCAAACUCCAAGUUCAGAAUUAGCAGCAUUUACUACAAUAUCACCACCCACAACUGUAGAAAUGAUUGAAACUAUUGAAACUACAGAAACAGAAAAGAUUGAAACUAUUUCAACUACUGAAGCUAUCAUGUCGACUUCACAAAUUCUUACAUUCACAACUGGAGUCCUGACAACUAUAGAACCUCUAGUUCCUACUAGUGAGUUACCAGAAACCACGGAAGAAUAUGAAACUAUACCUGAAUCAGAAAUUACAUCCACGGAAACUGAGUAUAUUGGCGAAACAGAAGUAGUCCCCUCUGAUGAAUACGAGGAAGAAGAAUACGAAGAAGAAGAAUACGAAGAAGAAACUACUGCAGAACACGUAACAUGGUCGGAAUAUAAAGAAGAGGAAAAAAUUGUAACAAGCGAACCUACUGUAACGACGAAAACGACUCCCAUAAUUUCCACCAGUGAGCUACCAAAAUUCAUAACUGAGCCAUUAACAGAAACUGUGCGAUUGGAAGUCGAAAGUGUUACGACAGUUGCUACUACUGAGAGUACGAUGAUAACAACUGAAGCCUUUGUUUUUACUACUGAGAGCAUGAUAAUAACUACAGAAACACCAUUUCUUAUUACCGAAAUUACAAAAUAUACAACUAAGCCGACGACUGAGCCUAAAGAAUUGUAUACUGAGGCAACUAAGAUUACUGAAACUGAGAGUAGUGAGACGGAAUUAACUACAGAGAUCGUUCCGACAACGGCAGAAACUCCCACUUUUACUACUAAAAUCCGAGAAUUCACGACUGGAUUAACUGAGUAUAUGAAAACAUUUACGAUGAAUGUAACUGUAAGAGUGACUGAGAUUUCAAGGUCGAUAGAAACUGAGAGUACGGAAUAUAUUCCAAUAACCGAAAUCCUGAUGUUAACCACAGCAACUCCAAUUUCUUCCACUGGGUUACCAGAAUUCACAAUUGAAACUUCUGAAACAACUGAGACCACAGAAUUAAAGAGUACGGAGUCUGGCUUAACAACUGAAGUCCUGAUGGUGACCACAGAAACUUCAACUACUACCGGUAUAUUACCAGAAUUCACAACUGAAACUUCUGAAUUAACUGAAUCCACAGAAACUGAGAGCAAGGAGCCUAGCUUAACAACCGAAGUUCCGACAUUAACCACAGAAAUUUCAAUUUCCAUUAGUGAAUUACCAGAAUUCACCACUGAGACAACUGAGACUGAGAAACCAUCCACAGCGAAUGUAACUAUAGAAACUACUGACACUACUGAGUUCACAUCAACUGAAAGCACGGAACUUAUUCUAACAACCACAGUCCUGACGUUGAUCACAGAAAUAACAACUUUUUCUACCGGUUUACCAGAAUACACAACUGAAACAUCUGAAACAACUGAAUCCACAGAAACUGAGAGCACGGCACCUGGCUUAACAACCGAAGUCCCAAUAUUAACCACAGAAACAACAAUUUCCACUAGUGAGGUAUCAGAAUUCAUCACUGAGUCAACUGAGACUGAGAAACCGAUUACGGUGAAUGUAACUACAGAAACUACUGAGACUACUGAGUCCCCAGAAACUGAGAGCACGGAACCUAGCUUAACAACCGAAAUCCUGAUGUUGACUACAGAAACAGCAAUUUCGACCAGUGCGUUACCAGAAUUCACAACUGAAACAUCUGAAAAAACUGAGUCCACAGAAACUGAGAGCACGGCACCUGGCUUAACAACUGAAGUCCCAAUAUUAACCACAGAAACACCAAUUCCCACUAGUGAGUUACCAGAAUUUUCCACUAAGUUAACUGAGACUGAGAAACCAUUUACAGCGAAUGUAACUACAGAAACUACUGAGACUACUGAGUCCAUAGAAACUGAGAGCACGGAACCUAGCUUAACAACCAAAGUCCUGAUGUUGACUACAGAAACACCAAUUUCGACCAGUGCGUUACCAGAAUUCGCAACUACAACAUCUGAAAGCACUGAGUCCACAGAAACUGAGAGCACAGCACCUGGCUUAACAACAGAAGUCCCAAUAUUAACCACAGAAACAUCAAUUCUCACUAGUGAGUUACCAGAAUUAUCCACUAAGUUAACUGAGACUGAGAUACCAUUCCCGGCGAAUGUAACUACAGAAACUACUGAGACUACUGAGUUCCCAGAAACUGAGAGCACGGAACCUAGCUUAACAACCAAAGUCCUGAUGUUGACUACAGAAACACCAAUUUCGACCAGUGCGUUACCAGAAUUCGCAACUACAACAUCUGAAAGCACUGAGUCCACAGAAACUGAGAGCACAGCACCUGGCUUAACAACAGAAGUCCCGAUAUUAACCACAGAAACACCAAUUCCCACUAGUGAGUUACCAGAAUUCACCAUUAAGUUAACUGAGACUGAGAAACCAUUCACAGUGAAUGUAACUAUAGAAACUACUGAGACUACUGAGACUAUUGGGUUCACAUCAACUGAGAGCACGGAACGUGUUCCAACAACUGCAGUCAUGAUGUUAACCACAAAAAUACCAAUUUCUUCCACCGGUUUAUCAGAAUUCACAACUGAAACUUCUGAAAUAACUGAGACUACAGAAUCUGAGAGCACGGAGCCUGGCUUAACAACCGAAGUCUUGAUAUUAACGACAGAAACACCAAUUUCCACUAGCGAGUUACCAGAAUUCACCACCGAGUCAACUGAGGCUAAGAAACCAAUUACGGCGAAUGUAACUAUAGAAACUACUGAGACUAUUGAGUCUACAGAAACUGAGAGCACAGAACCUGGCUUAAUAACCGAAAUCCUGAUAUUAACCACGGAAUCUCCAAUUCCCACUAGUGAGUUACCAGAAGUCACCACCGUGUCAAUUGAGAUUGAAAAACCAAUUACGGCGAAUGUAACUAUAAAAACUACUGAGACUACUGAGACCACAGAAACUGAGAGCACGGAAGUUGGCUUGACAACCGAAGUAUCGAUAUUAACUACAGAAAUUCCAAUUUCCACUAGUGAGUUACCAGAAUUCACCACUGAGUCAACUGAGGCUAAGAAACCAAUUACGGCGAAUGUAACUAUAGAAACUACUGAGACUAUUGAGUCUACAGAAACUGAGAGCACAGAACCUGGCUUAAUAACCGAAAUCCCGAUAUUAACCACGGAAUCUCCAAUUCCCACUAGUGAGUUACCAGAAGUCACCACUGUGUCAAUUGAGAUUGAAAAACCAAUUACGGCGAAUGUAACUAUAAAAACUACUGAGACUACUGAGACCACAGAAACUGAGAGCACGGAAGUUGGCUUGACAACCGAAGUAUCGAUAUUAACCACAGAAACUCCAAUUUCCACUAGUGAGUUACCAGAAUUCACCACUGAGUCAACUGAGGCUAAGAAACCAAUUACGGCGAAUGUAACUAUAGAAACUACUGAGACUAUUGAGUCUACAGAAACUGAGAGCACAGAACCUGGCUUAAUAACCGAAAUCCUGAUAUUAACCACGGAAUCUCCAAUUCCCACUAGUGAGUUACCAGAAGUCACCACCGUGUCAAUUGAGAUUGAAAAACCAAUUACAGCUAAUGUAACUGUAGAAACUAUUGAGACUACAGAGACUACUGAGUUCACAUCCACUGAGGGCACGGAACAUGUUCUAACAACCGAAGUCUUGAAAACUACAGAGAUUCUUUCUUCUACUACUAAUGUAACUGUAGAAACUAUUGAGACUACAGAGACUACUGAGUUCACAUCCACUGAGGGCACGGAACAUGUUCUAACAACCGAAGUCUUGAAAACUACAGAGAUUCUUUCUUCUACUAGUGAGGCACUCGAAACAUCGGAAAUCACAUCAACCGAAGCUGAAUAUUCUGUUGAAACUGAAGUAUUCCAUGCCGACGAAUACGAAGAAGAAUAUGAAGAAGAAUAUGAAGAAGAAACAACGGAAGAAUAUGAAACAUGGUCAGAAUACAUAGCAGAGAUUAGUACAAUUAAACCUUAUGAAACACCUAAACCAAGCCCUAUAACUUUCAGCAGUGUGAUAACAGAAAUUACAACUGAAUCGUCAAUAAAAACAGUGAGGACAGUUACAGUUAGUACUAGAGAAAUGCCAGAACUCACCACAAAGAGAAUUGCCACUAUAGGGCCGGUAACUGCAAAUGUGACUAUAGAAAGUACUUUGUCCGUUGAAAUUGAAAGUACUGAAACUUUGUCAACGACAGAAACUCCAACUCUCAUUAGUGAAACGACGGAAUUGACGCUUGAGUCAACUGUCACUAUUGGACCAGUAACAGAAAAUGUGACUACGGAAAGUACUGAGACUUUGUCAACAACAGAAACUCUAAUUCCUACUAGUGAAACUACGGAAUUGACGACUGAGUCAACUAUCACUAUUGGACCAGUAACAGAAAAUGUGACUAUAGAAAGUACUUUGUCCAAAAAAACUGAAAGUACUGAAACUUUGUCAACGACAGAAAUUUCAAUUUUCACUAGUGAGACGAUGGAAUUGACGACUGAGUUAACUGGUACUACUGAAAUAGUAACAGCAAAUGUGACUGUAAAAAGUACUGUGUCCGCUGAAACUGAGAGUACUGAAACUUUGUCAACAACAGAAACUCCAAUUGUCACUAGUGAAACGACGGAAUUGACGACUGAGUCAACUGGUACUACUGAAACAGUAACAGCAAAUGUGACCAUAGAAAGUACUUUGUCUACCGAAACUGAGAGUACUGGAACUUUGUUAACAACGGAAACACCAGUUCUGACCCGUGAAGAAACAGAAUUCUCGACUGAAUCAAUUGGCACUAUAUUACCAUUAACAGCAAAUGUGACUAUUGAAACUACUGUGUCCGCAGGAACAGAGACCACUUCGGAAUCUGUACUAUUUACUGUACCAAUGCUUCUCAACGAAACGACAGAGACAAUAGAAAAGUUUACAGAAGUAUCUACUUUGUCUUCGUACAUGACUCCUGAAAUCACUGAAGCCCGGACUGUCCAGUAUCCGCAGGAGAUUAACAUAACAGAUACGUUUGAGAUAACAACAUUGCCCCCGGAACUACAGACCGAAACGGAGUACGAAGCAGCGACAUUUAUCACAGGGAUUGGUGAAAUUCCUGAAUACGAGGAACUACUUAAUGUCACCGGGACUACCGUAUCUGUAGCGCCUACUGUUCCCACUGAAAGUCCAUCGCCCUCUGUUGAAUACACGGUGACAGAAAGAACAAUUGAAUUGUUUGAAGUCAAUAUCACCACUCCAACUGCUCCAGUGGAGUUUUUCAACGAAACUACACCAACAACGAUGUCGUUGAUGCUAAUUGUCACUUUACCGGAAGUAACUACACGUGCGGAGAUCACAGAAUUACCAUUGCCGAACGCGUCAUUUACAUUUGAGGAGACGUCAACGACCGCGGAAACAGUGGGGACACCAGCAACACCAUUAAUUGAAUUGGAGAUUACGAUCCCGAAUCAAACAUUCAUUACGCCCCCCUUAUUAACAUCAGUGAUUACCACUGUCGCGUUGGUUACAAAUGAAACGACAAUUGAAGAGAUUACCAAAGAAUUAUCUACCAUACCCUACGAAGUCACAGCUACUGCAACCACGUCAACGGCGACCGUGAGCAUACUCGUAGAGACUAGUACCGCGUUUUCGACAAGCGCCAAAGAGGAGAUUUAUCCUGAAACAGAAGUGGUACAUGAUGAAGAAUACGAGGAAGAGGAGGAGGAGGAAGAAGAAGAGUACGAAGAGAAAACGGAAACAGGAUGGGAGGAUUAUUAUGCGGAACAUUUGUCGAGCACCGAGGAGAUCGGAACGAAUACGACCGUGCAGCCUUACAACGUUACCUCUACGUUGACAAAAGAAACUGAAAGCGUUACUAAGGAAACAGUGGAGGCGACGAGUAGCUUAACUACAGAAGAAAGCUUCGUUCCAACGAUCGAAGAAAUCGAAAGGAACGUGACCGGUACUACUUCCAGCGCUACUGCGUCGAUUACGUUUGAAACGGAGAAAACAAGCUUUGUUACCGAAGAAACGUGGUCGACAGAGGGACGAGGAUUAACAACCGAGAUAUUUACACUGGAAUCCACUCCCGAAUUCUCUACAGAAUAUCUGCCUAUGGAUUACGGCGAGCACACGUACACAGGUAGGACUGGUCAACCGAAGUACACCGUACCAGUUACGAUGUUCACAGGUGUGACGAGUAAGGAGCAGCAACAAAUGCGACACGAGCAGUUGAAGCAGCAACUGCUCGAUAAGAUCGCCGAGUUGGAGAACAAGGAGAAAACGAUCAUCCAGAAAGAGAAUGAGCUGGAGAUGGAGGAGCAUGCGUGGGAGAAGACGAAGUUGGAGCGAUUGCAGGCGAUAAUUGAACGGAAGAAGGUACUCGAAGAGAAACAUCUAACCACGCCCAUCAGCAAAGAGAAAUCGUCCACAAGGAGACCCAUCACGCACGAGCCGAUCGCAUUGGUGACGGCUAUGGUGACGGAAGACACGUUGGAGAAUGAAGUGAGGAAGUUGAAGAAGAAGUUCAUGGAGAUAGAAGAGCGGCUGAUGGCCAGGGAGGAAACUUUGCAGGAAAGAAGGGACAAACUGGACAAUGAUAGAAAACAGUUUGAAAAGAGAUUACAGGAACUGGAGAAGAAACCCCUGAGCGAGGUGGAGGCGGAAGUAACUACACCGGAAGUUCCAAAAUCUGUGGUAACAUUCACAACGCCGUCUGUGUCGCAGCUGCCUCCCACGGAGACCACGAUCGAAAUUCACGAACCGACUGAAAAGGGUAGAGAAGAGAUUAUUGCAACGACCCAGACGACAACGAUAUCGGGAGAUGAGAUAGAGGAUUAUGACGAGGACGACGAGCACACUGUGGCUCACUUUACCGGAAUGCGCCGUGUUACGCAAACGAUUUGCAUGAACGUGUAUAAGAAGGGCGAGCAAGGAAUGGCGACCAAGAGGCUUUGCGUGCCGAAUGUCGAAGACAAGCGUGUUACCAAACCGAUCGACGAGGGGAAGAAGCCUGUGAAGAUCGAUGAACUGCAGCUCAAGAAGCACGAGUGGAUGGAAGGUGCAGCCGUGGAAACUCCUCGGGAGUCUGAUAAAAAAGGGUCUGAGGGGGCGCUGUCUGACGAAGGGAACGUCCGCUCUAAACGCAGCAACGUUUGCAAGUUUUCUGACGAUUACACGCCAAUCGGUCCGGAUCUUGAAUACGUGGACUAUGAGGAACCUCCUCCACCGGAACAGGAGAAAUCGGGCGAUCAUCGUUCCCAAAUGAACCACAAUUCUGAUGACAAAGAAGACGAAACAGUUUCAGAACCCAAUCAGUACGAGGAGAUUCACGAGAUUAGGCCAACAACGGAUAAUCUGUACGAAGCCACCAAUAAGGAGCCCGAAGACAUUAGGACGAAAGGUGAGGAUCAAAUUUACUGUUACACUGCGGAUCUUUAUGAAAAUUCUUAG